AUGAACGGUGAAGGAUGGUAUGUACCAGGAAAAUCUCCAAGCUCACAAGUAUUUUUGUUUUUUGCUUUUUUGAUUCCACAGUUUGGAAGGAGUUGAUAGAUGUUGCAGCACUACAAAAAGACACAUGAUAUACUAACAACAAACGACCAUGAUGUAGGUUAUUUAUACUUGCAGUCAUUGUGAAUGCUGUCAACUUGUUCUCGCAAGUGUUUUUCACAAUCAUGUAUUCCGAUUUGGAAUGCGACUACAUCAAUCCCAUUGAGUUGUGUAAUAAAUUGAACCCCUGGUUCAUUCCGGAAGCUGGAUUGCAUGCAUUCAUCACAUUGUUGUUUUUGCUCAAUGGAUACUGGUUCUGUUUCUUGCUCAACUUGCCAUUGCUUGCUUACAACGCCAACAAGUUCUACACAAAGAACCACUUGUUGGACGCCACUGAGAUCUUCAGGACUUUAUCCAAACACAAGAAGGAAAGUUUCCUCAAGUUGGGUUUCCAUUUGUUGAUGUUUUUCUUUUACUUGUACAGAAUGAUCAUGGCCUUGGUUAAUGACGAGCACUAA